AUGGAAGUCCUUCGCGAUCCUCCCAAGGCCUCCACCUUCGUCCCUCUUCACGAACACCAGUCCGCCACCCCGGCUUCGUUCUACACCGGCCCUCCAGUCCUACACUACUACAGCGACCGCAGCAAACUAAUUGUCCUCGAGCCCGAAAUCAGCGACGUCGCGGCAUUCGCUCCUCUGCUGGAACACUCCACUACUCAGUCCGAAUCAGACUCUCAUGCUAAUGGCACCGAGACCGACGGACACGCCGCAGACCACCAAGCGCAACAAAAAGUAGUCGAGGAUCUGGAUGUCUGGGUAACAUCAGACAAACUAUAUCUAUACUCUAACUCCGCUGCGGCUGGCGUAUCGAUCCCUUACCCAUCGAUAUCCCUGCAUGCGAUCCAAUCACUCCCCGAACCCUCAGUGGGGGAACAACAAGGGCUGUACAUGCAAUUGGUGUCGUCGACCGAAGCCAGCGCCGGCCAGGAAGACACGGAGCCAGAAUCGGUCUCCAUCACCAUCGUCCCUACGGCGUCUGCACCCCCGGCCGCCGCAACAGAAGAUGAUCCGGCCGAAGACAAGCCGGAGCAAACUCCUGUCAUGGCCAUGUUCGCCGCGUUGUCCAAUUGCUCCAAUCUGCAUCCAGACCCGGUAGAGCCUGGCGAGGAGGAAGAUGAAGAGGGCGUGGCUAAUGGUGGUGUGAGUCGUUUGAUCCAAGCCGGUCUAGCGUUUCCAGGCGCGUCAGAUGGAGGCUUGCCGCCUGCGAUGCCUGGGAGCGGUGGCUGGAUUACGGCGGAGAAUAUGCAUGAAUUCGUCGACGAGAAUGGUGAUUGGAUCGAUGAUCAGGAGGGCGAGGCGGAGCCAGUUGCUGAAGAUGCUGUUCCAGGUCUCGGUCCUGGAGCUGGGACCGUGCGGACUCGAGUGGAGGACGAACAUGGUAACGGCGAGGCGGGCGACGAUGCUGACGAGACGAAAUGGCGGAGAACGUCUUGA